AUGUUUGCUCAUCAUCAUCGACCAGCAUCGACGGCUCUACUGAAUCAAGGCAGGAACGGUCCCAGCGGUCCUGAUAUCGAUGUUGACCGGUCCCACGUCGGCGCAGUGCCGUACGGCAAGUGGAUCUACAACUGCACCAACCCGGGCGAGGUCGCCCUGACCUUUGACGACGGGCCCAUGGAUUACACCCAGAGCAUCGUCGACUCGCUAGACAGCGCGGGAUUCCGGGGCACCUUCUUCGUGGUCGGGUUCUACGGGUAUCGCAAGAUCUACGACGAGACGACCACCUACCCGUCCCUGCUGCGCUCGAUGCACGAGAGGGGUCACCAGAUCGGCUCCCACACGUGGAGGCACUUCAAUCUGGACCGGCUCAGCAGCGAGGAGCGCAUUGAUGAGAUUGUGAAUAACGAGAAGGCGUUUGCCAAGGUGUUGGGGUUCGUGCCGACGUACCUGCGCCCCCCAUUUGGCUCUUGCAAAGGACCGUGCCUCGAGGACCUGCGAGGGCUUGGCUAUCAUGCCGUAUACUGGGACAUAGACACCAAGGACUACCUAUACGAUACGGAAGAGACCUAUCAUUUCGGCCUCGACAGGUUCACCGAUGACCUCAAUGCUGGUGGCUCGCUGGCCUUGUGCCAUGACAAAAUCAUGCACACGGCGACGAAGUUAGUCCACCACAUGAUCUGGGAGCUUCAGAGGCGGGGCCUCAAGGGCGUUACCAUUGGGGAGUGCUUGGGAGAUCCCGAGGCGAACUGGUAUCGUGAGGCGUCUUGGCAGUAA